GCCCCGGUUGCGUAUGGGGCGGGAGGUCGCUCGGGUCGGGUGUCGCCUGAGAACCGGAUGAGGCGGCGACUGUGAGACGAAGUUUGGAGUCGGGAGUUGGGCUGAGUCCCGGGGGAGCAACCGCCGGCGCGCGGGGCAGGGUCGUUGGGAGGCUGGGGAGGUCUCUCGAGCCACGAGGGGGGAGUCGCCGCCGCCGCCACCAUGGGGAACCGGGGGAUGGAGGAGCUGAUCCCGCUGGUCAACAAGCUGCAGGACGCGUUCAGUUCCAUCGGGCAGAGCUGCCACCUGGACCUGCCGCAGAUCGCCGUGGUGGGCGGCCAGAGCGCCGGCAAGAGCUCCGUGCUCGAGAACUUCGUCGGCCGGGAUUUCCUUCCUCGUGGAUCAGGAAUCGUCACCAGACGUCCCCUUAUUCUUCAACUCAUUUUCUCAAAAACAGAAUAUGCAGAAUUUUUGCACUGUAAGUCCAAGAAGUUUACGGACUUUGAUGAAGUUCGCCAAGAGAUUGAAGCAGAGACCGACAGGGUCACGGGGACCAAUAAAGGCAUUUCUCCUAUCCCCAUUAACUUGCGAGUCUAUUCACCACAUGUGUUGAAUUUAACCUUAAUUGACCUUCCGGGCAUCACUAAGGUACCUGUUGGUGAUCAGCCUAUGGAUAUUGAGUACCAGAUCAGGGACAUGAUCUUGCAGUUCAUUAGCAAAGAAAGCAGCUUGAUUCUUGCAGUCACGCCAGCCAACAUGGAUCUAGCAAAUUCAGAUGCCCUGAAGAUGGCUAAGGAAGUUGAUCCUCAGGGCUUACGGACAAUUGGUGUUAUAACCAAGCUUGACCUAAUGGAUGAAGGCACAGAUGCCAGAGAUGUACUUGAGAACAAGUUGCUCCCAUUGAGAAGAGGUUAUAUUGGUGUAGUAAAUCGGAGCCAAAAGGACAUUGAUGGGAAGAAGGAUAUCCGUGCAGCCCUUGGGGCUGAGAGGAAGUUUUUCCUCUCUCAUCCAGCAUAUCGACACAUAGCAGACCGAAUGGGCACCCCCCACUUACAGAAGACCCUGAACCAGCAACUGACCAAUCACAUCCGAGAGUCUCUGCCUGCACUGCGAAGCAAGCUCCAGAGCCAGCUGCUAUCCUUGGAGAAGGAGGUAGAAGAAUACAAGAACUUCCGGCCUGAUGAUCCCACCCGGAAAACCAAAGCCCUGCUGCAGAUGGUCCAGCAGUUUGGUGUGGACUUUGAAAAGAGAAUCGAAGGCUCAGGAGACCAGGUGGACACAUUGGAACUUUCUGGUGGUGCAAGGAUUAACCGCAUCUUUCACGAGAGGUUUCCGUUUGAGCUUGUGAAGAUGGAAUUUGAUGAGAAAGACUUGAGACGAGAAAUUAGCUAUGCAAUUAAAAACAUCCAUGGAGUCAGGACGGGUCUCUUCACCCCCGACAUGGCCUUUGAAGCCAUUGUGAAAAAACAGAUUGUAAAGCUCAAAGAGCCGAGUUUGAAGUGUGUUGAUCUGGUGGUCUCAGAGCUGGCCACCGUCAUUAAAAAGUGUGCUGAGAAGCUUGGCUCCUAUCCCAGGUUACGAGAAGAAACAGAAAGAAUUGUCACCACUUACAUCAGGGAGCGAGAAGGGAGAACAAAGGACCAGAUCCUUCUUCUGAUCGACAUUGAGCUGUCAUACAUCAACACAAAUCACGAGGACUUCAUUGGCUUUGCAAACUGUUACUAUACUGAGCAGCUUGUGACAGGUGCCCAACAGAGAAGCACUCAGCUGAACAAGAAAAGGGCCGUUCCAAACCAGGGUGAGAUCCUGGUGAUUCGAAAGGGCUGGUUGACCAUCAACAAUAUCAGCCUGAUGAAAGGUGGUUCCAAGGAGUAUUGGUUUGUGCUCACUGCGGAGUCCUUGUCGUGGUACAAGGAUGAGGAGGAAAAAGAGAAGAAGUACAUGCUGCCGUUGGAUAACCUCAAAAUUCGAGAUGUGGAAAAGGGCUUCAUGUCCACUAAGCACAUCUUUGCUAUCUUCAACACAGAGCAGAGGAAUGUCUAUAAGGACCUACGUCAGAUUGAGCUAGCCUGUGACUCCCAGGAGGAUGUAGAUAGUUGGAAAGCCUCUUUCCUCCGAGCUGGGGUCUAUCCUGAGAAAGACCAGGCUGAGAAUGAGGACGGGGCCCAGGAAAACACCUUCUCCAUGGACCCUCAACUGGAACGCCAGGUGGAAACCAUCAGGAACCUUGUUGAUUCCUAUGUGAGGAUUAUCAACAAGUCUAUCCGUGACCUCAUGCCAAAGACAAUCAUGCAUCUCAUGAUCAACAAUACCAAGGCCUUCAUCCACUCAGAGCUACUGGCCUAUCUCUACUCCUCCGCGGACCAGAGCAGCCUGAUGGAGGAAUCUGCGGACCAGGCACAGCGUCGAGAAGACAUGCUGCGCAUGUACCAUGCCCUGAAGGAGGCACUUAACAUCAUUGGGGACAUCAGCACCAGCACUGUGUCUACCCCGGUGCCCCCACCUGUGGAUGACACAUGGCUCCAGAGUUCUAGCAGUCGGCACAGUCCCACACCUCAGCAUCGACCUCCUGCCAGUGUGCCUCCCCCAGGAAGACCCCCUGCAGUCAGGGGCCCUACCCCGGGUCCACCUCUGAUCCCUGUGCCUGUAGGAGUCGCUGCUUCCUUUGUGGCUCCCCCUAUUCCCUCUCGGCCUGGACCUCAAAAUGUCUUCACUAACAGUGAUCCCUUUUCAGCCCCACCUCAGAUCCCAUCUCGGCCAGCACGCAUUCCGCCUGGCAUCCCCCCUGGUGUGCCCAGCAGAAGACCCCCUGCCGCACCGAACCGGCCAACCAUUAUCCGCCCGGCGGAACCAUCAUUGCUAGAUUAACCUUGGGUUCUAAAAAAAGCCCAUGUACUCAGUGGGGUGUGACAACCAGACCAUCAGGGUACCAUUGUGGGUGGGGUUUCUAUACACUGUUGGCUCUGAGGGGCACCCAAGGUUGUAGAAAGGAAAUGUGGCUCUGGGCCCUGAGGCCUCUUUCCCUUCCCCUUUUUCUCCCUUAGUCCCUGAUAGCCAGGCCUGAGGCCACGUUUGCCAGGCAGUGGGCGUGGUGGCACACCUGCCUUCCUUGCCCAUCCCAGCACAGAGGCAGGCAGCACCCAGGGGCUCGCUGACAGGCCAGGGACGCAGCUCUGCAGGCUUCCAAGGCACUUGCACUUACCCCUGAACUGAGCGGUCCUGGGGAGCCUGGAGUGGGGUCGGGUUCUUGCACUUUGUGAAUGAGGUCUGGGACCUGAGUUAGGACAGAGGGGUGGGACUGAUGUAGUGGCCUGUCAGCUCAGCCCAUCAGUCCUAGGCACUGUUUAUGUAUAAAUGAUAUAUGUAUGGGGGAGGGAGGGACGAUGAGUCUUGGGCUUUGGGCACAGCAAGAGCCUGUGUUUCUGUGUCUGUGGCCCUUUGAGUGACUUGUGAUUAAACCAAAUGUAAACUGGAGACCAGGUGAGCUGCCACAUCCUUUGUACUCAAGUUAAAUGAUGUGCUAUUACCAGAUGAGCCAGUGGGGUCAGGGCUUCUCUUCCCUAAGUCACCUUGUUUGGGGAGAGAGUCUUGCUGACCAGUUAGUACUAAGUCUUGGGCCCCCCCCCCACUCCUACCCCUAGCCCCGGGCCAGAAUGGGGACUACUGCUCUUCUCACCAUGAGUCUCACUCAUGUUCAUCACCCCAGGAGCUCAGAGUGACAGUAAAUCGUGAAGUAGCAAGGACCAGGGCCUGGCCUGGGGUUAUCAGAUGAACCUAGUCAGAAAGUAGCUAGCCCAGUAUUGGAGGUCGUGGGGGUUAUGGUGGCCAGAGUUUUGGUGGUCUUCUUGAUCUCUCCACUGCCACGGACUGCUCCUUUACACUCCUAGCCACUGGUGUAUUUGCACACCUCCAGCUGUACAUAGUCCUUCUGGAAGUCAGGCUUAACUAAAAUGUCAAGCCCAAGCCCAAACACUGCUGCAUUGGAGCCUCUGUGUUAAGCUUCCAGAGAAUAAUCUCCAGCCCUUAAAUCCACCCUAAACCCCAGAGCUGCCUUAAAGCCCCUGCUAGGGAUGGGGACCCAUUGGGGUGCAGAACUGACUCUUGGGAAAGUGGUCUUCCCUUCACCCCCAACCCCAGGCCAGGGAGCACUUGGAUCAGGGACCAUGCCUGCCUGAGGACUGCCCAAGGCUCAGAGCUGAUGUUGGCCUGGCUGGCAAAACAUCUGCCAGACCUAACACGUUUAGGACCCUGUGUGGGAAAUGGGCUCCAGCUCUGGUCACGCUGGCACCUCUCUGUAGGACUUAACUUGUUCCUUCACUCAAUUUGACCAGUGUAAGUGCCUCUGCUCUGUACCCUAUUAAUAAACUAAAAAUAAAGGGAAGCUACUGGUGG